CAUCAGACAACACCACGACUGUCGUAGCCCAGGCCACAAGGUCAUGCCUUCUGCAAGGCACCGACGAUGGAGUUUGGCAGGAGCCCUACAUCGAUGACUGCAUCUCCGAUGAGCUGCUGGACCUGAAGAUGAAGUUCCAGACACUGGCUGAGGGCUGGCUGGACCAGGCCCAGGUGCUGCGACUGGCUGAGAGGCUGCUGAACCACACAGAGGAGCACACCUACACCAACCCCAUCGACAUCGCCACCGUCAUUCAUCUGCUCUCGCUUCUCGUCAGCACUCAGGGUGAGCGACCGCAAACAGUUUCCUGGAGCGAGCACGGGCAGCGCUUCGCCAGGGCGCAAGAAAUCUACCCGACCUUUAACCAGACACUGACCUUCUGCGAGAUGGUGUCGCGGAUUGUCAACAAUCUUCUGAGACCCAAGAACGAAGUGGGUUGGAACGCAACCCAACCUUCAGGGUCAGAGGGCGACAACCUGAUGCGAGUCAUGCAUAACUUCGCAGACGCCAUCAGCAGGUCUCUCAUCUAUCACAUCAUCGACGGACGAGUCAUCCUGGCCAACGCCCAUAUUUAUCAGUACCACGAGUAUAUCGAAGUGAAAAUCAUCACACAGUGGGUGGAGAAGGUGAGCGGGGUGGAGUUUCCUAGCGACAGUGAUGUCUCAGAACAUGGAAUGGACAGGACUUCGGGCUUCCUCAGCAUCAAGAAGGAGGAGCUUGUUACCAACCUGACCAAGAACACGGUGUUCUACGGCAUCUCCGUGUUCAGGUAUAAAAACCUGGCCAAAGUUCUACCUUCUCACGACGUUCACAGUCGCACAAAAGAAGAUUGGGUAAAUUCUCCUGUCAUGGCUUUCUACCUGCACCAGGCUGACCUCAAUGUCAACUGCAGCCCGAGCCCUUACUCUGACGAGGGGAUCAGCAUACACCUGCCUGUGUUGGAUACCUUCAACAUCUCCAACCCAGAAUGUGUCCGGCUUGUUCACGCACAAAAGAAACGCCAGUGGCGCUGGUCGACUCAGCACUGCACGCUCAAACAGUUCGACCUGCACUCCACCACGUGCUGCUGCGACGAGACCGGCGUGUUCGCCGUCACCACCGACAUGUACAACGACAACUGGGACAAGGGAGACAAGAGGCCGCAGCUUCUGAACUUCGCGUCCUACUUUGGUUGCGCCGCCUCCGCCACCAUGUGUCUGCUCACCUGCGCCAUUCACGUUUACCUGAAGACAUCUUCGACAACAGCCGCUCUCCACAGAAACUUCUCCGUGUCCACCUCGCUGAGCCAGCUCGCCUUCAUGUUUGGCAUCGAUCGCUAUGACAACCAGCUGGUGUGCCAGGCCUUCGCCGUCCUGCUCCACUAUUUCUUCCUGUCUUCCUACUGUUGGCUGAUGAACGAAGCCUUCAACCUGUACAUUGUCAUCACGUACUCGGCGCACUCCAACAACAACCUCGCGGACACGGGCUCCAUGUUGCGCUACUACGUGCUUGGAUGGGUUAUCCCGGGUGUUCUAGUCGGAGCCUUUGUGGGGACCGCGGACAAAUACUACGCUGAAGACAUGUGCUGGGUGUCUCCAUAUCACAUCUGGUUAUUUCUGGGUCCUGCCAUUGGUAUUAUAUGUAUAACCAUACUUGUACAGAUUUUCACAGCGAAAGAACACAACGAAAAUUCUUACACCAAGAGUGAGAAGACGAACAAGAUUAUCACCAUCAACAUGAAGGGUCUGUGGAUUCAGCUUAUCCUCGUCACGGUCUGUUGGUCCUUCGCCUUCAUGUCUAUCCACAUCUACGACCGCAUCAUCAAGCUUCUCUACGCACUCUUCAACUCUCUCCAGGGGGCCUUUUUUGUCGUCUUCUACCUGUUGCUCCACGAAGAGGUGCGCGUGCUGUUAAAGAGCCACCAGAAGAAGAAGGCCCUGGCCAAGCAAGGUCUGGAACUAGCCGGCGACGACCAUUCCAUCGACUCGUUCGCCUCCAACCUGCUGGUGGACAAGGACGGCAAGGACUCCAUCAGCCUGGAGGCGAGGCCCAAGCGGAGGCACGUGUCCAGCGCGAGGAAGGCCAAGACGAGAAUCGAGGCCAGCAGUGACGAGGCGUCUGAACACUCGGACUCGGAGAUGAUCAGCUCUGUCUAGCACUGGACUGUGCUGGCUACUCACAUCCGGGCAUCUGGUGGUCUCCUGAGACCGACGAUGACAGGCUAGCGGCCUGUGGUGCUCAUGUACUGUGGCUCAUCAAGACUUCACACAGGACAAGUGCCAGACGAACUCUCUGGCGAUCUCACACUUCUUUGUCUUGUGCAUCAACAGGUUUUGAAAACACAUGGUCACCAAAGCAUUCGGUCACCUGUAUAUUUAAUUUUGUAGGACCACCCAGCCCCCGAUUAAAAGAUCGUUACCAUGGAAGCUGGUUUGUAGACCUAGAAAAAAGACUAACUGUCGUCUGCAAUCCGGAGUGUGUUGUCUCUAAUUAUACAGGUGCAGAAGACAUUGCUGUUACCUUUAUGAACCUAACUACGACACGAUAGUCUUAUCUGCAAAUUAUGAAACAGUUCGGUUACCUUGGAGAAGUUAAUGAAUAUAAUACAUCGUCUUCUCCACAGGUGGCCAGUGAUUGAUGGUUGAAAACUAUUUUACGAUGGUAGGCUGUCCUACUGUGAGUAGUGCAGAGCCUCACGCUCAUCAGACUAUCCUGAGAGGAUAGAUAAUCAGAUAAUCUCUUGACGAGUAGUGUAGCCAGCAGUUCUUUCUCUCAAUCUUGUUCACUAGUUGUUAUUUCCCUCACAAUGAUCUCAAAGCAAUGUCAGUGUAACAAAAGUGUAACAAGAUCCCUGUGACAAAACCUCCAUAUGGCGAUGUUAAGCAGUGUUUGAGGACCUUGUCAUUUGGUCGGAAUUGUCAACCAGCAGUGGUGGAUAAUAGUUUCCAAAACAGAAUAUGUCUAAACAGCAACUGCAGCAGCAACAACAAUAAUAAUAAUAACAACAACAACAACAACAAAGGCAAUAACAAGAGCAAGAAGUCGAAGUUGUCCUCGAUGACAAGCCCUUUUGCACGAGGACAUCGGAAGACACGAUGUGCUGGCGGUUGAGUGUCUGCCCGGCGGGCACCGGUCCCCCCACAAAGGCCCGCCGGCAGGUGAUCGGAACGCACGUGCUGACCUUGACUGGGAUCAUUAAUUAGGAGCAUGGGCGGGUGUGACUGAGAUCGAUAAUGAUUAGCUAAUGAAGCCUGCAAACCCAGCAGGCGCGCCUUGUCGAUGCCUGAGGGUGUUCCAGCCAGUUGCUUUAUCCAUUCUAGGUGCACAUGCGUUACUAUAGUAACUACGGAGAGUUUUACGAGCGGAGUAUCGGAGAAACAGUCGUUUCCACUUUUAUCUUGGGUAUCCUUGAAACACUACCCGUAGUUACUUGUGCAAAAUGACCAAUCGGGGUGAUAAUAGCAAACCCGUUAAAAGACAGGUGCAAAGGAAUAGCUGUUGAUCUUUCUGCAGCUGCAAUAGGAGGAGACGAGGACAAGUAACUGCUGCACUUUACCGAGUGCCAUAGGAGUAAGACAAGACUAUAAGUAACUAUUUCUCUUUAUGAAGCGUCGAUGGAAAUGAGAUGAUGUAACUUGUGCAAUUAUAUUACAUAUGCAAUAUUUGCAUACUUGCAUCAAGUGACGAUGGGGUAAGGAUGUAUUUAUAGACUUGGUAAAUGAAACAAAACGGCCAUAAGAUGUCACAGGUCGAGGGUCAAGCAGUCUUUCUCCUCUCGUAUCUUGUGUGCACUGUAGCGAGAUGUGUAGCUAUGUCACAAACAGCCAGCCUUGUAACAUUUGGUAUUCUUAAGACCCUGAUUCAGAGAUUUUUACCUAUUAUAUAUUAGAUGCAUACGUGAAAUAUGUCUUUGUUUCUCUGUACUUGUUUUGCUGUCCAUCUAUAUUUCUUUCCUGUCUGAUAAUAAUGUGUGCACAUCAUGAUGUAAGCUCAAGAACUGUCUACAUUAUUGGACACCUCUUUCUCAGAAAGGAACAGUAAACUCAAGUGAUGUAUACUUGUGGUGGUAUAAAUAAAAGUACAAUCUUCCAUUGGUGAAGACAACAACGACAACAGCGUCCCUCAGAGUGACCCCAGUCCUCGGACAUUUGCCGAGUUUGAGACACGGUGGACUGUGUGGACAGACUCCACUAUACUCAGAUGAUACGGCUAGUGACAUCGUGUCUACAUACUCGUAAAGUGGUUAUUAUUAUUUGUUUCCUGUGCCAAAGCAAAAACAGUUUUGCUCUCAUGUGACCGCCAUCUUUGUUUUUCUUUGCUUUUCGCUCCUCCUCCCUUUUAUCCCCGUGAAAAUCAGACGAAGAGGUUUCGACAGCUAACGAGCAAUCAUAACCUUCCUAAUGUACUCAAUGGAUACUCAUCUGAUUCCUCCUCUUCUUUCUCCUCCUCCUCAUCAUCGCCAUCAUCGUCCUUCUGAUACCGGUACAUUCGUACGUUUGUAUGUUUAUAUGUUGUAUGACACAAAUCUUCCUUAUUUACUUUUUUAAAACUGAAAGACAAAACCAGUUCUGUGACACGAUGUACCCGAACCUCAUACAACGUAGCUUAUCGCUGCCUGGGCGAUGAUACCCAGAGUUGACACCAUCGUCAGAUGAUGUGUGGUGCUGGUGGCUGUACUUGUAACAAUCAUGAAUUUGAUGAAACCUGGCCCUGGUGUCUGAACUGUGCUGACGAGACCUUAUUGUGGGAGAUGUUCAGAUGCUGACAGUGCCCCAGCUGCCUUUCCCAACCUUUCAUCGAAGUCAUAGAAGCAGCUCAAUGGGAGCUUGGCUGACUGGGCAGCUGUUGUCCGAUGUCCUCCUCGCGAGGGUUUGUGGCGAACCUGCUGGAGUAAGGGAGGUGUGUGUGUGUGUACAACAGACCUCUGAUAGCCAUCAAGGUUUGUAUUUGUCUUAGCGAUGCUAAGAUAAUAUAUGUUAGACCUCAGAUGAUGUAAGAUGAGCAUCGCUUUAUUAUUAAGUUAUGUUUUUAAUUGUCUUAAUUUCUGUUCAAAACUGUUGUACGAGCCGAACAUCGCAUAGUGAUCUCAGUCUGCUCCUCCUCCUCUCUAGCCGUCCCUCUCCAGAGGUCAAGAUCAAACAAGUAUUUUGUGGCCUACUUGUGGUCAGUUGAUAGUGGACUUGAUAUUGUUUAUGGUGUGGUUGAUGUAGCCUUGUCACAAAAGGCUAGCUUGUUUAUUAGUGCACUCCGGGGACUGGAAAGGUCCUCUUGUCAUGUCACGUGUCAGUGAGUGGAUUCUUUGCUCUCUGUGGUAGCCGUGUGUGAAUGAGAGAAGGAGAGAGAGAUAGGGUGAGUGUAGAUGUGUCUUUGUGUCACUUUAUAUCUCUGUUUGUCUUUCCCCUGUGUGUGUAUGCCUCUAAAACUGGGUGAAGUGACGGGUCUGCUAACCUGGACCCAAGAGAUUCAGACAGCUGUGAUUGGCACAAAGGAUAAAGCGGUAAACAAUGAACUCAUGACACUUGUUCGAGCUUUAGUUUGUUAACCUAUGACACUGUAGUCAAUCUCUCCUCAAUCCUCCAACAGCCGAACCCGUCCCUCUCUUUUAUACCUCCUUCCCUCAAUCAUUACAUGGUCGGAAACAGCCACUGAAUCCCUGCUAGGUGUCUGUGCACAUGUUUCUAUGUAAAACACGAGCUUAUUAGUGCAUGCGUCCGUCUGUCUGUCCGCCUGCCUGUCUGUCCGUCUGCCAGUCUGCCUGCCUGCCUGUCUGUCUGUGUGUCUGUCUGUUCACAGCGCAGCAUACCUUCUGGAUGAGUAAAGCUACUCUCGUGCCAAAAUGCAGGGGGACGCAAUCGGUUGGCAUACCCUCCUGGUAUUCAGAUACAUACUUUAGUGCAUCUCCGCAGCACGAGUGUUAACAUUGGCCACAGGAUCCACAGGAUCCACUCCACUCGCCAACAGCAAAAAGUCAUUUCCUCGUCUUUUGAGCCAAUUUAAUCAGAGUUGCGUCCCUUGCCAUCUCUCAUCCAGGCAGACCUUUCAUCGCUUCUCUCGCGUUUUUUUACCUGUAGGCAGGUGAGAUGUGAUCAUCUCAUUGACCUGCUUGUUGUUGCAGUGAUGAAACAAAUAGACGAGUUGUCAACAUACUUUGUUUUGUUGUAAUAGACAGUUCUAGAUGUCCAUAGAGUUGACUGACAGUUGUGUCUUUAUGUUUCCAGUGUACCAGACACUUGCUGAAGUAGUUUCCGUCAGCCUAGCAGUCAUCAGACCAUUCUAUUUAUAGUCUCUAAGUUACAGCACGUGUUCAGCCACCACUCUAUGUCACACUUCACGGUCGACUGAGCACGGAACAUGUGUUUGAUGUUUGCUUUCUCAUUGUCCUUGUCGUCCAUACCCACCAUUGUGUUUUGCCUGAAGCCGACAGUGUUCUCCGCGUCCUGCAGGCCAUGUGUGCUUCACAGUUCCAGUCCAGAAUAAAGAGAGGUUGUGUAUAAUCUUGUUGGUAUUUUGUCUUCAAGACCACGUGCUUGCUUUGCAGUCAGUCCAGGAUCAUGGACAUUGUACAUGAACGCUGGUCGUGUUGGUAUUUUGUUAGUGAUGUCAAUGAAGAAUCAAAUAAACAGCUGCAAUGAA